AUGGACACCAAAAUAUCUGUCAAUGUCAACCGCAGCAUGUCAGACCAGUUCUAUCGCUACAAGAUGCCCCGUCUGAUUGCCAAGGUUGAGGGCAAAGGAAAUGGAAUCAAGACAGUUAUAGUCAACAUGGCUGACGUAGCCAAAGCACUUAAUCCGCCUCCUACGUAUCCCACCAAAUAUUUUGGUUGUGAGCUGGGAGCACAGACCCAGUUUGAUGUUAAGAAUGACUGUUACAUCGUCAAUGGAUCUCAUGAGGCGAAUAAGCUGCAAGACAUGUUAGAUGGAUUCAUUAAAAAAUUUGUUCUCUGUCCUGAGUGUGAGAAUCCUGAAACAGAUCUGCAUGUCAAUCCAGAGAAGCAAACAAUAGGUAAUUCUUGUAAAGCCUACGGCUAUCAAGGCAUGCUUGACACACAUCAUAAACUCUGCACAUUCAUUCUCAAAAACCCACCUGAGAAUAGUGAAAGUGGUACAGGAAAGAAAGAAAAGGAAAAGAAAAACAGUAAGGGCAAGGACAAGGAAAAUGGCACCGUGUCCAGCAGUGAGACACCACCACCACCACCACCACCACCAUCAAAUGAAAUCAAUCCCCCUCCACAUGCUGUGGAAGAAGAGGAGGAGGAUGUGGGGGAGGAUACAACAGAGGAAGCUCAAAGGCGCAGAAUGGAUGAAAUCAGUGACCAUGCAAGAGUUUUAACCCUCAGUGAUGAUUUGGAAAGGACUGUUGAAGAGCGUGUCAAUAUCUUGUUUGAUUUUGUUAAGAAAAAGGAAGAAGAAGGUAUUAUUGACUCAUCUGACAAAGAAAUUGUAGCUGAAGCAGAAAGAUUGGAUGUAAAGGCCAUGGGCCCUCUUGUUUUGACUGAAGUUCUUUUUAAUGAGAAGAUUAGAGGACAAAUUAAGAAAUACAGGCACCAUUUCUUACAAUUUUGCCACAACAACAAAAAAGCGCAACAGUAUCUUCUUCAUGAUUUGGAGUGUGUGGUAGCAAUGCAUCAAGCUCAGCUCAGCUCCAAAAUUCCACAUAUCUUGAAGGAGAUGUAUGACGCAGACCCUUUGGAAGAAGAAGUCAUCAUUAGCUGGUCGGAAAAGGCUUCUAAGAAACAUGUCUCAAAAGAACAUGCCAAAGAGAUUCGUGUCAAAGCGGAACCAUUUAUAAGAUGGUUGAAGGGAGCAGAGGAAGAAUCUUCUGGUGGUGAAGAUGAUGAUGAAGAUGAGAAUAUCGAGGUGGUGUAUUCGAAGACUGCCAGCGUAUCAAAAGUUGAAGCUGUGAAGUCUGACAACAAGGAUGAUGACAUUGAUAUUGAUGCCAUUUAAAGGGGUGGGUGUAGCCCAGCUUAACUGUGUGAUGCUGAGAAUCUUUUUGCAUCAUCAGCCAGAAGUACAACAUGUAUGUGCAAAAGCUAAAAUGGCUUAACAUCAUGCUACACUUUCUACUAAAAAUGUAUUGCUGUGAGUGUCUGUAAUUAAACCCAACAAGACAUCUAGGGAAUCCAUACACAUCAGUGAGCAGGUGUAGUUUGUUUCUUUAUAGCAUGUUUCUUUUUGAAAAAUUAGUGGUGGACACAUUUGGAUCACAUUUAUACAGUUA